GUUUCUCCCUGCCACCUGGCGGUGGAGCGGGGCGGAGACCAGACUUGCUCUCGGAGGCGCCGCGCGGCUCCUGCGCUCGUCCCAGACCAGGUAAUACUUGGAGGGGAUGGGGGAGGGGGAGAGAAGAGCAUCCAGGAGAGUGGAUCUUUCUUUUUACAGAUAACAUUUGUAUUUAAACAUAAUCAAUUUUAUACAUCAUGGGAUUCCCUGAAUCCCCCGGCUUCCCCCCCACCGAUGUCUUCAUAUAUAUAUAUAUAUAUAUAUAUAUAUAUAUACCCCCUUACUGUAUCUAAUUAUAUUUAUCCAAUUUGGUUUAUAUCCACUUUUAACCCUACAAAAUUACAUUACAAGUCCUGCUAACAUCUUCAAGCGCUUACAGUGUUCUUUAAGAUAUUCUAUAAACUUUUUCCAUUCCUUAAAUUUCUUAUCAUCUUGGUGUCUGAUCUUCCCGGUCAAUUUUGCCAUUUCGGCGUAGUCCACCAUCUUGAUUAUCCAUUCUUCUUUGGUUGGAGUUUUCUCUUAUUUCCACCCCUGGGCGAAAAGCAUCUUAGCAGCUGUCACAUACGUAAAGAGUCUUUUCAGCUCCUUUGGUAUUUCUUCAAAGGGUGGAUUUUUACAAUGGGGCAGGAUCUGGGAAGGGCAGCCGACAGGAGUCCAUUUGCACUUGGGCUCUCAGAUAGAACUCUGCACAUGCUCAAAGCGUCCCUCUUCACAAAGAGGCAGGUUCUGUGAAGAUCAAACACACACCCUGCCCUUCAAAAAAAAUGUAUGGACCCUGACAGGGGUGCCAACUUGAAUAAAAUGUGGGGGGAGGGGCAGGUAAGCCCUGCCUUGCAUAAUCAAUCACAUGAUGCAAUGCCUUAAGGACUGUCUCUUUCCAUAUGGACCUACCCAGACCCUGAGAUCAUCUUCUGAGGCCUCCUCCUCGAGAGGUCCGGAGGGUGGCAACACGAGAACGGGGCCUUCUCUGCAGUGGCUCCCCGUCUGUGGAAUGUGCUCCCCAGGGAAGUUCCCCUGGCGCCUUCAUUAUACACCUUUAGUCGCCAGCCAAAAAGUUCCUUUUUAACCAGGCCUUUGGUUGACCUGAUCAACAUCCCAUACCCUUUUAAAAUGUGGCUCUUUUUAAGGAGGUAUUAUUGGGCUCUUGCUUUUAUUUUUAAUUUAUAUAUUGUGAUCUUUCGAUGUGAACUGCCCUGAGACCUUUGGGUAUAGGGCGGUAUAUAAAUGCAAUAAAUAAUGAUGAUGAUGAUGCACGGAUGCACACCAUUUGAAUUGCAAUGCCCAUCAACUUGAUGGGGCACCUGUCAAACAUUCUAUGGGGUGGCGAAGCCCCAUCACCCCUGGAAGAUGGGGGGGAGGGAGACGCGCAUCCAAGACGGUGGAUCUUUCUUUUUUUUUUAAUUUUUACAGACAAGAUUUGUAUUUAAACAUAAUCGAUUUUAUACAUUUAUGGGAUUCACUGAAUCCCCAGGCUUCCCCCGCCCCUCCAUGGUUUCCAAUAUAUAUCUCUUUUUUUUUCUUAAUGAUGAUGAUGAUGAUGACGAUAAUGAUGUGGCGCAUGCACACCAUUUGAAUGGCAAUGCGAAUCAACAUUUUGUGGGCGGGGGGGCCUCCCUCAAACAUUCUAUGGGGAAGUGAAGCCCAAUCAACCCCUGGAAGUUGGCUCCUAGUAUGGACACGGAGCCAGAGAGAUUUGUGCUAGCUGCUCACUAUUAAACAGGGAGGUACAUUAAUUUCUCCAACUGAACCAAGAACAGGAGAUACAAGUCUUAAUGGCAUGGCAUGGCUUUCCACUUCCUGCACCCAUCUCGGGGAGCAGGUCAUAAAUCAAUGGACAGCAGGGUUGGGAAAUGCUAAGCUAGAUGGAUCAAUCUAGUCUGACUAGGCAUAAAGCAGCUGAACUGAAGCAUUUAACGCUGCAACAUUUUGUUGCAGUACCCCGCUUUUCCUUGCCUAUGGCCCACUCACAGAUCUUGUAUGUUUGCUUCUUCCCUUUGCUCCCCUCUUUCGUGGUUCAUCUCUUCAGGUGGCUGAGACCUCAUUGAUGGCAGGGAACAUGGAAAAUUUGCCCGAACACCUUCUGUUGGAUAUCUUGUCUCUGGUUCCAGCAAGCGACCUCAUUUACAAUUGCCGGCUGGUCUGCUCUCAGUGGCGGGACUUGGUAGACCUGCCAGUUCUGUGGAAGCGCAAGUUCCAGAAAAGGGACCACGACUCUUCUCCAAAGCCAUUGGCUUUCUACAUUUUCUCCCACCUAAAAAAGAACUUAAUCAAGAACCCUGAUGGUCAAGGUACGUCCCCAUUUAUCUGGGAGAAUAAAACGCUCCUGGACAGAAAUCUGAAUAAUAAAGCCUUUAGGAACAUAGGAAGCUUCUGUACACUGAGUCCCAAUAUUGGUUCAUCUAGCACAGUAAUGUCUACACUCGGGCUGGGCAAUAUAUCGUCCAAAACCGUUUUGAAGUUCCCCUGAUGAUAAUUUUUUCAUAAUAUUUGAGCUGGUAAUAUAUAAUAAAUCACAGUGUGUAUAAGGGCUAUGCAAUAUCUGGUUUUCAAUAUCACAAUAACUCACCAGCUAAACACUGCAAUCUUAUCAGCGGCUAAAGCUCACAAUAUCACCAGCUAAACACUGCAGUCUUGUCACCAGUUAAACAUUGCAAUCUACCAUCGUGUCUGAAAUAAGGAUGGAACUAUACAGAGGUGAACAGGACAAUGUCCUGGCAACUGCUACUACUCAGGGGUCUAAAACGGAUAAAUGACAAUAUUAUCAAUCAUCAGCAGGCAAGCCACAAUGCAAUCCAGCAGGACUUUUGGUCUUGGUCUUGGCUACCAUAUGGUGGUAUUCAGGACAAUCCAAAGUGCGGUGGUGAGUCAUAGUGAAUACAAAUAACCUUGGACUGCUAGACCACCAGCAGACCUGCUAGGAGACAGAAGAAGCAGCAGUGGCAGAAACACCUUGCCAUGACUGCGGUAUCUAUCUGUCUGCCUGCCUGUCUAUCUAUCUAUCUACACACACACACACACACACACACACACACACACACACAGUACCAUAUGUAUAUAAAUAAUUGCAUAUUCUAAAUAGCCAAGCACCGUGUCUUUUCCAGGUGUAAGAACCGAGAGGUUACUGAACUACAGCUCCCAUCCACCCCAGCAAUCGAGAAAUGACCCAGGAUGAUGGAAAUAGUAGUUUAGCAACAUCUGGGGGGCCAAAGAUUCCCUACACCUGCUCCUCAGAGUAGAUCUAUUGGAAUUAAUUGCCCCUAGGUAAUAAUGUCAGUUAACUUCUGGGUGUCUACUACUUAAUCAUGCAAACCAAGGGUGAUAAUUUAACUACGGUCAUUUCCAGGCUGCCUGUUUUUUGCCCCUUCAUCCUGAUUAUUUGCCCCACAUUUAAGGAUACUGGCUAUUUAUAGAGCAAAUUCAUUUGUGGGGAGGUUUUAUGGCAUUGUGUCAAGAAGUCUGAUUUGUUGAGAUGCGGGUUUCUUGCACACAAUCAUCAGACCAGCCUAAAUCUGAGACCCUGAACUUUCCAUUAUGCAACUGGGUCCCUCUUGGAAAGAGUGACAGUCUGAAAGUGGCCUAAGUCAUUCUUGUUUUCUUUCUAACCCAUGGGCUGCUUCCAUGCACUCAAAGCAUCUCUCUUCAUUUUCCCUACCACACACACUGCAUCAGAUGGCCUGGACUCCUGGGAAAUCCAGACACCUGCCGAGGGCCACUGGGAAACUGAGGAACUGUCCAUAGAAGACUCAAAAAUCAUCAGUAGGAUAAUCGGCAUUUAUUGGAAGAAUGAUGAAGAUGCUCCUGUUCAGGUCUACAAAUGCUUUGCUGCAUGUAACGGGUGAGGAACCUAUCAUUGUCCGAACUGAAAUCCAAUUAAAGAUGAGAAAAGGGAGUUUUCAUUUGCCCUGGUGCGAGUUCUUGUGCUUCACACUGUAUUCUGCAUAAGGAGAGCCGCCGCCCCCAAUAAAUAUAACCCAUAAAAAUGCAAUAGUCACAAAAAGGUGAAGCAAAUUGCAUCACCAAAUCCUAUCAAAUGAGCUGUUCUUUUUUUUUUGUAUGGACAAAAGAAGUCUGUGUUGUGGGGAGUGGUGAGAGCCAGGCCCCCAGUGGCUUUCCCUUAAAAAGGUUGCUAGCAGACCAUCAUUCCUUGCCUCUGCAUAGGAGGGGGCAAAUUUUCUUUCCAGGGAGCUGGAGGUGGCCCACAAUAGCCAGUUGCUGAGCCUUUUAGAACACGUGGUCCAAAAGCUGUGGAUAAAAGGUAAAGGUCAAGGACCCUUGGAUGGUUAAGUCCAGUCAAAGGCAACUAUGGGGUUGUGGCACUCGUCUCACAUUCAGGCUGAGGGGGCCGGCGUUUGUCCACAGACAGCUUUCCGGGUCAUGUGGUCAGCAGGACUAGACCGCUUCUGGCACAAGGGGACACCGUGACGGGAGCCAGAGUUCAUGGAAACACUGUUUACCUUCCCACCACAGCGGUACCUAUUUAUCUACUUGCACUGGCGUGCUUUCGAACUGCUAGGUUGGCAGGAGCUGGGACAGAGCAACGGGAGCUCACCCUGUCAUAGGGAUUCAAACCGCCAGCCUUCUGAUGGGCAUGCCCAAGAGGCUCAGUGGUUUAGACCACAGUGCCACCUACAUCCCCCAAUGCUGUGGGGUAGUGAUGGUGUUGCUUAAUGUCUCAGGCCCUGCAGCAAGUCUCAGCUCAUCACCUUGAAGGAUGAGGGCUACUGGGACGAACUGAUGGAUGAAGCCAGACCCAUGAUUGAGGUGAAGGACUGGUGAGUGCCAAGUGUCCUGUCCAGGCUGGGGCGUGGGGAGGGUGGACGCCCCAAACCAAGUUCUCGGCAUGUGUGAGGAUAGUCCAAGGAUAGAUGAGGUCAGUGGGCUGGAGGCAGAGGGGAGGGUCUGCUUGGACCUAGGCUUCAGCCCCAGGGGCAGUUGUCUAGAGGAAUGAAGGCUGCCAUUGGCCAUCACUUCCAUGGCGGCACAGAGAGGGCAGUGGUUCUCAAGGGUUUCAGUCUUAUCUGGAGAUGCCAAGGAUUGAACAAGAGACCUUCUGUAUGCAAAGCAGAUGCUCCAACCACUGAGCUACUGACAAUUAGGGAUUGCAGUUUGUCUCCGCUUAUUUAGAGUGGCACCCAGUCCAAAUUAGUUACCACAUGUGUUCAUCAGGAAGGCACUGGAACCCAUCUUUUAGUUUUAUUUUGAAUGUUAAUGAGACACUUCCUAAUAUUGAGUCUCUUUACUUCCCUGACCAAAGAUACCCAGAAAUAUAAAAAUGCCGGCACCAAGAUCCAGUGCUUUUUUUCUGGGGAAAUGCAGGGGUACACAUACCCCUAAACAUUUUGUGAAUCUAAUGGGAGAAGAAACUUUAAAAAUGUAAUUUCUUCUCUAGCACGGUAAAUCAUCAGCUGUGUCAUAUGAAGUAAUCCAAAUGAAAAAAAGUUUCUUUGUACUUUUUCCACUUACUGUAUUUAUUUCCCCUGAUUUGAAGUAUAACAUGGUGAUUUUAUUGUGUCAAAAUGAGAGUACCCCUAAACAUUUUUUUAGGGAAAAAGCACUGCCAAGAUCUCUGUCAAUCACCAUGUUGUAGUGGCAGAAAUAGUGGUGGUUGAUGUGCCCAGCUGGAUCUCAAUUUGUCCCAGGCUCAUAUAAUUUCUCUCUCUUCCUUCUCCCCCCCACCAAAACCAGCAUUUCAAGAGAGCCUGGUUCAUGCUAUAAACUGAUCGUGAAGCUGUUGUCUGCAGACUCUGAAGUCCUUGAAGAACAUCAAUAUGAAGAACCUAGUGUGUCAAUGUGGUUUCCGGUGAGCUGAGCCUGAGUAGAAAAUGCACGCUUUUUAAAAUUAGUGGAGGGUGGUCUAUGGGGGUGAAAGUAAUCCCACCAACCUCCAUCUGCUACAACAUGCAGGCCUUCUUGUGUAAAUAUUUCAUAAAAGAUAUAUACCACUAGAUUGUAGAAAACCUUAAAGUGUCUUACUGACAAGCAGCUCAGCUGGUUGACUACCUGCAAGCUUCCUCUUGCUUAACAUCAGGCAAGAGGAGAAUGGGGACAAAACUAGACUUUGUUGACUGCCUCUGCCUCUCCUUGGGCUCUGACUCACCCUACUGUUGGCUUCCGCCCUUCUGCCCCUCCAGCCACUGCUGUGGGGUAAAAGUUCCAUCCUGGAAGGGGUAGUUUCCUCUCUGCAACCUCCCCCAGCCCCAGCAGCCCCGUCCCUUUUUUCUCUCCUCUCCAGGUUUCACACACUUUUGAAAACUACCCUCAAGGUGUCCGUCAUAUCCUCUUUGAACACAAAGCGGACAAGAAAAUCAGCCUCCUUAAGUUCCUCUACCCGGAGCACUGCCCAAGUGAAGACAGGGAGCCAUCCUGGGCUGGGAUGAAGGUAUUACAAAGCAGCAUCAAACUUCACCCACCACCAAUGGCAGAAGAAGAGGAUGACGAUUACUACGACUACCACUACAGGGAUUACCCUGAUCCACAUUCCAGCGAUGACGAAAUGCCUUAUUGGCUUUGGCAUUGGUCCAAUUAUGAUUCGUGGUACAAUGAUGACUGGUACAAUGAUGACCGCUCCUCUUCUUAACGCCAUCAUGCCUUCUCUCAUCUGCGCUAAAUUUUGCACCCUGUUGUGGCCUCGAUUUUGCGUUCUCUUUGCUUCUCUCAACUUGUAUCUUUUGCAGAUGCUCUGUUUCUACAAAUCUGUGACCUGGAAGCAUGUCUGAAUAUGAAAGCAAGGCAAGAGAUGGGAUGGCAAGGAGGUUGGUGAAAACUGACUACCUCUUUCUUAUUUUUUAAGUGAGAUGGUUUUGGGAUAACAAGGUGUCCUCUUCCCCCACCCCCAUUGGAUAGGGUACAUCACAACGAUGGGUGGCAAUCUGAACUCUUAAUGCUGCAGAUCAUGGCAUCAGUGACACUGGCAUAGAUCUAAAAAAAGACUCCCCAUUUUAACCCUAUGUGUUGAACCAAAGGUGAAUCGUUCCGGAAAUUCUGCUAAUGCCAUCUUGGUAGUCAAGAUAACACCACAAUUAAUGGCUAGCUGUUGUAGCAACGAACUCAUAUAUGCUUAUAUUUGCUUGCUUUGAUACAAGCUAAUUAGCCGAGUUUGAUGGUGUCCUUAUCUGUGGGCUUGGGGUGCUGGGCUCUGAGUCCACAAAGAGGAACUAUCUAUAAGAUUAGGUAUUGGCCACCCAAGUCCUCAACUGGGCAGGUGAAGCAAUGGGAUGUCCCAGGCAAUGAAAUGUAUGCUGCUUUGCAUAUGCAGAAUGUAUUCACUUUUGCUUGGGUGUGGACAGACCAUCUCCUUGCUGCAGUGUCUGUCCUGCAUCUCUGCAAGAGAAGGCCAGGAGAUCCGGCUUCCUGGCUUCCUGUAUGCCUAUACAUUUCUUAAUAAAGCGCUAGAAUGGAUCAUU